UUUUUUUUAAAGAUAUUUUUAUUGAACUUGGUUAUAAAUUCCUUUCAAGCAGAGGUUUUGUGAGAAUUAUGAUUUUCUUUCACUGUGUUUUUCUUCUUCUGAUUUCCGGCACCUUCGUAAUUUCCGAACUAUUUUUUCUUUCCUGUUCCUUCUUUUUCUUUCAGAUUUGUGUUAGUUCCUUUGAAUUGUUUUUAGACACACGUUUAUUUGGUCAGAUGUUUUGUAAUAACAUUAAUUACCUAAUUAUUCUUUUUAUUUUUGAAUUAUAA